GACAAAUUUCGUUAGAAAUUUUACGUCCACUUCCAUUUUGUCAUUCUUCUCGGCUAAACGAUGACGCUCUCUCCGCUGGCACCGGACAAGAGAAAAAAAUUAAAGUAGAAGCUUGUCACUCCACUCGAUUCCUCCGACUCUUCUUUCUCUCCGUCUAUAUUCUCCUUACCUCAUCACCGAUCAUUUACCUCCCAUUGAUGUGAUGAUCUGAGCCUUCUCCCGAGCCCCUCGCUUCCCCCACUCUCUCUCCCUCUCUGGUCCAUGGGUUGCAGCGGGUCCAAGCUGGACUCGCAGGAGCCGGUGGCCCUGUGCCGCGGCCGCUCCGACCUCCUCGCCGACGCCAUCCGCUACCGCUACGCCCUCGCCACCGCCCACGCCGCCUACUCCGACUCCCUCGUCUCCCUCGCCUCCUCCCUCCACCGCUUCCUCUCCCCCGUACUCCCUCUCCCUUCCCACCGCAAGGCCGACUCCCCUCCCCCCAUCUCCGUCGCCGGACACUCCCACUCUCAUUCCGGCUCCCACAUCCACUUCUCCGACUCCGACUCCGACUCCGACGACGCCGGUGCCUCCGCCCACCACCACCUCACCCCCGAAACUCUCCCAGCCCCUUCCUUCCUCAACCUGUACUACGCCCGCAGCCAGCCCCCGCCCCACUCUGUCUCCGUCGAGCACCGCCCCGACAGCCCCGAGACCGUCCGCUUCGGCUACUCCGCCGCCCACCCUUAUUAUGGCGCCCAGAACCCUAAUUCGGUGGCUUACGACCCUCAGCCCUACCCCUAUUUUCCUUACAGUUAUGGUGGAAUGGGGGGCGGCGGCUUCUUCGGAUCCUCUUCCUCUCCGCCAGCCGCCCAGCGGCCGCCUCCGCCGGCGGCCAGCACGGGCUCGUCCUCCUCCUCCAAGGCCCCGCCGCCUCCCCCUUCACCGCCGAGGACUUCCACUUGGGACUUUUUGAACCCCUUCGAUUCCUACGACCGCUUCUUCGCCUCGUACCCCCCCAGCCGGAGCUCCAAGGAGGCGAGGGAUGAGGAGGGUAUCCCUGACCUCGAAGAGGACGAGAUCGAGGUCGUCAAGGAAGCCUAUGGUGACCCAAAGUUUGUGGCUUCCACCUCCGCCGCCACCACAUCGGCCAAUGCGGGUGGGCGUGGUAGUGUCACUGACCAUUCGCAUGGUCGCAAGGCGGGGUCGGUGACAGCUGAUGACAAGCCAGGCAACGAGCCGCAGGUGGUGGACAAGAAGGUGGUGAGUCAUGGUGGGUGGGGAAAGCAGGAGGAGAAGCAGAAUGUCGCAGCUCCUCGAAGGUUUCACGAGGACGCCGAGAUCGUGGGUGAGAUCAAGGCCCAGUUUGACAGGGCAUCCGAGUCGGCCAGGGAGCUCUCUGGCAUGCUUGAGGUGGGGAAGCAGCCGUAUUACCGCAACAGCUCUGUGUAUGAAGUUUCAUCAAGGAUGGUGUCUGUGAUGACUCCUUCCAUUCCUAAAGGUGGUGACUUGUUAGAGUUUGAUGAUGAUAAGUUAUCGGGUUCCGGGAAUCUUUCUUCAACACUGCAGAAGCUGUAUAUAUGGGAGAUGAAGCUUUAUGAAGAAGUCAGGGCUGAGGAAAAGAUGCGGUUACUUCUUGAUCGGAACUGCAAACGGCUAAAACACUUGGAUGAAAAGGGUGCGGAAGCUCACAAAAUUGAUGCUACCCGAUCCUUGAUUAGGAAGUUAUCUACAAAGAUAAGGAUAGCUAUCCAGGUUAUUGACACCAUUUCAAAUAAGAUAAAUAAGCUGAGGGAUGAAGAAUUGUGGCCACAGAUAAAUGAGCUUAUUUUAGGGUUCGAGAGAAUGUGGAAAGUAAUGCUCGAAUGCCAUCAGAAGCAGCAUCAAGCCAUCUUAGAAGCUAGAAGUCUAGAUUCCAUUGCAUUGCAUGGGAAGUUCAGUGAAGCCCAUAUCAAUUCAAUGAUGGAGCUUGAAGUGGAGCUGCUGAAGUGGAUUAGCAAUUUCUCUACUUGGAUUAAUGCUCAGAAAAACUAUGUGAAAGCCUUGAAUGGAUGGGCAGCAUUAUGUCUUCAUUAUAAGCCCGAAGACACAGCUGAUGGGGUUCCUCCUUAUUCUCCUGGAAGAAUAGGUGCUCCGCCUGUUUUUGUUAUCUGUAAUUGCUGGUCACAGGUUAUGGACCAGAUUUCUGAAAGGGAAGCGCUCAAUUCUAUACAGGCUUUUGCCACCACCAUACGACAUCUCUUGGAGCAGCACAAUGUUGAACAGCACCAACGGAUGAUGGCAAGGAAAGAUUUGGACAUGUGGGUCAAGGCUGUAGAAAAAAGGACACAAGAGAUUCACAAAGAAUUGGAUGCGUUAAACAAGAAACUAGCGCUAGUUCCUGGCCAGAAUCGUCUUCCAUUAUAUGGAGAGGUGCCUCAGGGCCAAACAGCUGAAGCAAGCAGCCUGCAAGUAAUUUUGAGACAAUUCUUUGAAGCCAUGGAAAAUUUCACAGCUACUUCUGUGAAAGCUUAUGAGCAACUCCACAAACACUGUGAAGAAGAACGAGUAGCUUGAGAGAAUACAAAAGUUCCGUAGGUUCAUGCACUAUGUCUACGUGGAGGGAAUCAAACAGACAUCUUCAAAGCAAUUGGCCUGACAUUGUGUGCUGAGAUAAGGAUUGGAAAGAAACUUCUUAAGAUGCUAGAGUGUCUAAUUUAGCUAGCUUGAUGGACAGUCGCAACGAUACGUAAUGGAAUAACCAAGGGAGUAUCUGACAUAUGGAUGGUUGGAGGCAUUUUGACGGUAGGCAAGGCUUCUGAAAAAAUUUUGCUGCGAUGAUACAGACCUUGGGGAUAGAGCUGGAAGCCACUGGAUUUAUAGUAAACUAGCAUCCCCCCCUGGGCGCUGCAGGGGUAUGGCAGUUGUAAAAAGUUCUGAUUGCCAAAUAUUGUGAUUCGUGAGAUAUAUGGUUUUUGAUACAGAGAAGUCUUAUGUUCAUACAUCUAGGAUUGUUUUUUUUUUUUUUUCCGGCAAUUAAGCUUGCAAGCCACACAAUUAUGAAAAUAUAGCUUAAUACCAUGGUCUAAAGCAACAAUGCUGAUCUUUUCUUUUUCUCUAUUUUAUUUACCUUUUCUCUC